AUGGCCCUUGCCGAGGUCGACAAGGCGCCGUUCGGAUGGUAUCAUAUCAGACUUGCCGUUGUCACUGGUAUUGGCUUCUUCACAGAUGCGUACAGUCUAUUCGCAAUCAACCUUACCGUCAUACUACUAGGCAUAGUAUACUGGCAAGAUGAAGUACACCACGGAGUUAUGCCUCAUCAUGCCGACACCGCAAUCAAGGUUGCAACAUCUGCCGGUGCGAUAUUCGGUCAAUGCUUUUUCGGUUUUUUGGGCGAUUAUCUAGGCCGCAAGAGAAUUGCGGUCAUUACCGCAGAGUUCGCCAGUACCCGAUAUCGUGGAGGUAUUAUAGCCUCCGUCUUCGCCAUGCAAGGUCUUGGCCAACUCGCUUCUGCCUUGGUUACUCUAGCUGUAGUCAACGUCUACAAAAGAGACUUGAUGACGGUAGCCGGUGUUGGCGAAUGUGUAGGCCAAUGUGCCUUGAACGUGGACAAGAUGUGGCGUAUCAUCAUUGGUUUUGGCGGUAUUCCCGGCUGGUUCGCACUGUACUACCGACUCACUAUUCCGGAGACACCGCGCUACACUUUCGACGUACUAGAUGAUGUGGAGAAAGCGUCAGUAGACGCAAGGAAGUAUCGCUAUGGUAGUCAAGGGAACGUACUCGAUCCCGUCAGCCAGGCAAGAGCACGCAACGAAAUGGCAAAGUACAAAACUCCGCGGCCAACGUUCAUGGAAGUUAUACGCUUCUACUCGCAAAAGAAACAAGCGAUACGCUUGUUCGGCACUUCAAUGUCUUGGUUCUUCCUCGACCUCGCCUUCUACGGCCUAGGCUUCAGCUCCCCCUCCCUCAUUUCCACCAUGGGUUUCAACCGUCGCGAUAACCUCUAUGUCUACCUCCAUAACACGGCAAUCGGCCAAGUCGUCCUCAUAUGCGCUGGUGCCCUCCCCGGCUACUGGCUCACCGUCUUCACCGUCGACACCAUAGGCCGCAGGAAGAUUCAAAUAGGGGGGUUCGGAAUUCUCACAAUCAUAUUCUGCGUUUUGGGCUUCGCAUGGCAUGGACUCAAUAAAAUGCAUCUUUUGGUGCUUUACGUCCUGGCUCAGUUCUUCUUCAACUUCGGCCCAAACGCAACUACAUUUAUCAGUCCCGCGGAAAUCUUCCCGACGAGGGUCCGGUCCACGGGUCAUGGGUUCAGCGCUGGCAUGGGUAAGCUAGGAGCCGUGUUUGCUCAGAUCUUCUUUGCGCCAAUGAUCAAGAGGGGUGCGACGCAUGAUAACCCCACGCCGUUUAUCCACGGCGUCAUGUCCAUCUUCGCGCUCUUCAUGUUCCUCGGCAUGCUGACUAGUUUUCUCGUGCCAGAGGGAAAGCGUGCGAGUCUUGAGACUUUGGCUGGCGAGAAGGAGACGGUAUAUGAGUUGCAGGCGAGUCAGUGGCGGAAUGGGGGUGUUGCUGCGGCGGGGUCACAUGCGGGUGAUAGUGCGAGAGCAAGUGGGGAGCACGUAGCAACAUCCGACAGACGGAAAUCUCCACAAAUCACACGAUCACCGAAUCGGCUAGCAUCGGAUAACGGCCUUACUCAAACACAACACAUGUGGCCUUUUUGA